AUGUACAUUGCAGUCUUCCCAAUUGCCAUCAGUAUCCGUGCCUCCAACAUCUACCAGGAUGGCGCUCUGGGUGUCUGGGCGCACGAGGAGAACCUAAACGAGAAGGACGGCGUGAGCUACAUCAUGGGUCACGUGCGGAACCAGCUCAGCUUCGAUCUUUGGUACAUCUUCUUCGGCACCUUUUUGGUCUGCAUCGCAGAAGCCAAACGCAUAAUGGAUCCAGAGGUUCCUUCCUUUGCUGUCUUCCCUGUCCUCUUCGAAGUCACCUCUGCUUACGGCAACGUCGGCCUCUCCCUCGGCGGCCCCUCCGGUAUGGUCUCCAUGGUCGGGCACUACGGAAUUUUUGCGAAGCUCGUCAUUUGCGCCAUGAUGAUCCGCGGCCGCCAUCGCGGCCUUCCCUACGCCCUUGACCGCGCCGUUAAUUUGCCCAGCGACAUUUUCGGCGAUGCCAACGCGGACGAGGAGGAAGCCUCGCACGAGCUGACACAUUCCAGGGUCUCGGAAAAAUGCCUUGAUCCUACUGGUUAG